AUGAGCGGAGGAGACUGGCCGGAAGAGUUCCGCAUCCUCGCUCUCAAUGGUAAGCUCGAUGGCACAGCGCUUGUGUACUUCGAGAGGAUGGUGCCGCUCUGGACGGCCGAAUCGCCCACGUUGGAACACGUGAUGAACAGGAUGCUCGUAUCGACGUGGGCCGAGCACUGCCAGUACUUGACGUACGGGGCUGAGCGCUCCGGCUGCUCGGACCUGCACGUGCUGCAGAGUCUGUGCAAGUCGGCGCCGCCGUACUUGCAGAGUGCGAUGUUGACGCGGCUGAACUCGCAGCGCGUCGACUACUUACAGCAGGCCACGGAGUUGGUGGCGUUCGCGAUUGAGUUCGAGGCGAAUAUGCUCAAGCAGGAGAUCGGGCGCGGCCAAGGUGGUCGCGGGAACCGCGGACGAGGCGGUCGAUUUCACGGUGGCGGCCGUGGAGAUCAAGGUGGACGAGGAUCCGUUGCCCGUGUUGACGGCACGGAGACUCGCUCCUGCUACAAUUGUGGUGAAGCCGGGCACCUAGCCAGAGACUGCCCAGGUAAAGAGAACAGCGGUGCUAAGACAUCUACUCGAUUGCUGCGGAACGCCGUCGACUGCGACGAGCAGUGCCGAGCGGCUAACGGUGAUCUUAUACACGUAGUCAAGAAGGGCACGGUGGUGCUGCGGACGAUCGUGGACAGCAAUGAGGUCAUCGUGGACUUGUCCGACGUCUACUACGGCGAUGACCUACCGGACAACAUCAUCAGCUACGGCAUCUUGGAGGAGAAGGGCGUGUAUCUGGAGCGCCACGGCGGCAAGCUACACGGUGCAGGAGAACACUGGCAUGCGGAUCUUCGAGGUCUACAGGCGCAACAAGGUGCUGAUGAUCGACGCCAUGGGUGA